CAGCAGCCCAGUGUUUCAUUCAUUCCCACUUAGGAGGCAUUCCUAAAAAAAUUAUUUCGUUAAAGAAAACAAAGUUAGGUCGAGACCAGUCUAGACAACAGUUGUUGUGACGUGACCUGGACAUUACCUCUAUAUUAUUAACCUUAAAGAUAAAACACAGCAAGACAUGGUUUCAGGAGAAGGCAGUGGUUACAACGUAUUUGAAAAGGACUGCAAUGGAGAUGUUUUGUGCACAUGGACCUACCCAUCGCUGACGACUCAACAGCGAGACCUGGCAGCUAGAAAGUGCAGAUUUGAUGGAUUGGAUACACAUUUUUUGUAUGGGCAGUUUAGAAGCUUGUGGUAUUACAUUAAUAUCAAUGAAGCUCCAGACGCGACAAAGCUCCCUAAAGUUCGUCAAUUUUCUAUCUGCAUUUGGACAUCUGAAUUCAAUCCUGAUAAAUUUGAAGCACUCUCCAAAAUCAUGGGAAGGAAGUACAAUAGUACUGGUGAACAGGUGUCUGUGAUGGAAAUUUACCUUGCUGCAACCGCAGGAGGACAGAUUAGCGAUCCUGGAUUUUCAUUUUGUAGCCAAGACUUUCCAAAGUCUCUUUCUCAUGAGUCCACUAAUUUGAAAGAAAUUAUUUCAAAUUUUGGUUUGGAAUCCAUAAUAAUCUACACAGCAGUGUUGCUGAAGAAGAGGAUAGUAGUGUAUCACCAUGAUAUGUCAACACUGCUCAAGGCAAUCAGGUCAAUUCCUGCCUUUGUCAGCCACAGAGAUCCAAGCAACACUUUGUUCCCUUGCAUUGACCUCCAUAAAGAUGAAAUCCUAAACCUGAAGAGCUACGCCAGUUACGUCGCUGGGUGUCGAGACGCUAAUGUUACCUCAUCAGAUUUAUUUGACGUUUUCGUUCAUCUGCCUGCCAGAGAAAUUUCCAUUGCUUCAAAUGCAAGGGAAAGCAUGGCAAUGACUCGGACUCACAAGGAGAUUGCGUUCUUCCUUGUCCAGCUCUCGCAAAAUGAAUCAUUGAGUGAACAGCAACUGGUUACUGCUGUCUCGGCCAAAACAAAUGACCUACUAGAACAAUUGAGAAAUCUGGCCACUACAACAACCUCGGAAGGGAAGUCGGUGGUAACCCUAGAGUCACUGCGGCAAAAUAGUUUUCCUCACGCCAUGGAAAAUUUCUUGUUCAACUUGGCUGUUGCUGAGGAUAUUAUGAUGUUAUGAAAAGGCUGUAUAAAUAGACUUUAACUGGAGAUACAACAGUUACCAUCCAUUCCAUAUACUUAUUUCUAUUUUUUAUUGUUUUUGAAUCAGACGAAUUAUGAAGACAAUAGUUGAAAGUAAAGGUUUCAGCCAGCUGCACAAGCCUGCUAAUUUGGGUCGCGUGGUCAGCGCCAGCCGCCAGUUAAAAAGCCUAAAACAUCGAAAAAUGCCUGGUAGAAAAUGGUCUGGUCCUUCGGACUGUUAAGCGCUAUUAAACUUGACUUGAUAAAUUUUGUCAGCUGCCAGUCGUUGGCAAAAAUGCUCAGCCACUGCCAAUGGGCCAAAAGUCGACUGCAGCCGGAACAACCAGCCUCUAAAACCGCGGCUGAGACCUAGUAGAAAUUUCAAAUAUUUUGUUACUAUCUUUCGUUAUCAAAAAAUGCUUUCUAAAACGGGAAUUUAUAUAUUUUUCUCCAACUAAUACUAACUGAUAAUUUCGAUUCUGUUUCCUCAUGCUCUUGUUGACUAUUUUUUGUCAGAGAUUUAAAAUAAAACUUUAAAUAAAAUGCAUUUUUCUCUA